GUCAUAUUGUCUGCUCCAUUAUACCACAACAACAGCUCCCUCCGAACUUCGCAUCAGCUCACCUCACCAGCUCUGACUCCAAUCCGCCCGGACCUCGACAGAGCUGCCGUCGCCAUCAUGGGCUCAGAUCCGCAAUACGUCAAGUGGCCCUUGCUGCCGCUCUCCCAGCACGUCUUCACCCUCACAAAUGCCUACGCUUCCAAACAGGCCCAGCAGGCCGCCGCCAAGGCCCUGCAAGAUGCCAUCGCCCAGGACAAGAUGGCCCCCUUCUACCGGUACUUGGCCCACCCAAUCGAGGGUAUUCUGAACGCAGUCGGCGAGAGCGGCUCCUCAGCAGCGGGCAAGCCCCCGAGCCGGAAAUCCAGCCUGGUGGGCAUGGUGGCGACCAAGGCGGCACCUGGGGCAGUCAACCUACCAUGGGACGAGGAUUUAUACAACAAGCUGAAGGAGGACAAUGACAAGGAACUGGCCGAGUUCCAGAAGGAGCAGGAUGAGGCGGAAGAGCAGGCUGGCGAGACCGAAGUCAUGGCUGCCAAGGGCAAACGGGCUGACUUUUGGGCUCGAGUGGGCGACAAGGACAAAGCAAUUGCCGAAUUCGAAAGCUUAUUCGAGAAGACUGGCAUCCUGGGCACCAAGAUCGACCUGGUCCUCGCCACGAUACGCAUGGGCCUCUUUUACGGCGACAAGCCCCUCGUCAAGAAGCAAGUUGAGCGAGCAAAGGCACUGGUCGAGACUGGUGGUGACUGGGACCGUCGCAAUCGCCUAAAGGCCUACGAGGGCCUGCACCUCCUCACCGUCCGCGCAUACAACACAGCCGCGCCUCUCCUGCUCGACUCCCUCUCCACAUUCACCAGCUACGAACUCUGCACCUACUCCAACCUCGUCGUCUACUCCGUCCUCGCCGGCUCCGUAUCCCUAAAGCGUGUCGAUUUCAAGUCCAAGGUUGUCGAUGCCCCCGAGAUCAAGGCCAUCAUGGGCGAUGGCGAGGACAAGCUAUUAGCUCUCAGCGGUGCCCUGAGCGCUGGCCCCGGCGCGGAUGACUCCACGGGCGAUAAGCUUCCCAAGGCAGCCACCACGACGGCGGUUAAUCUGACGACUUUGGGCUCCAGCUCCGACCAGCCCGAGGCGGAGAUGGCCAUCGAUUUCAGCCCUCUCGCUCUGUUGGUCAGCAGCCUGUACAACGGCAACUACAAGACCUUCUUCCAGUCUCUUGCCUCAGUUGAGGAGCAAUUCUUAAACCACGACCGCUACCUGCACGAGCAUAAGAGCUGGUUCAUCCGAGAGAUGCGCCUUCGUGCUUACCAGCAGCUGCUGCAGAGCUACCGGGUUGUUGGGCUAGAAAGCAUGGCAAACGACUUUGGCGUCACUGUUGACUUUUUGGACCGUGAUCUUGCUCGAUUCAUCGCCGCUGGCCGCAUCCCUUGCACCAUCGACCGUGUCUCUGGCAAGGGUGUCAUUGAGACCAACCGUCCCGAUGAUAAAAACAAGCAGUACCAGGAUGUCGUUCGCCAGGGUGACCAGCUGAUUACAAAGUUGCAAAAGUACGGACAGGCUGUUAGACUAAGGGGUAGUGAGAGAGCAUGAGCGAAUUGAUAGAAAGGUGAUGAUUUAUUAAAGGGGAGAGAGGGGGAAAUGAGGGGGUCGUAGAUUCUUUUCACCUCCUAUUCGCUACAUCAAGAGGGAGAACAAACAACACAACAUGUUUCCCCCAUGAGCUGUGUAUCACACGAAUUAAUACGAAGUGAUUGCAACAGACAAAUAGAAAACAAAAUGAUCCCAAAUAUGAAACUAGAGCGUCAACAAUAUUUGAUCUAAUGGUGUGGAGUGUGUUUGCCACAAAGGUAGGCCAUCUUUCGUAUAUAUAUAU